AUGACUAGCACCAUCGUUCCCGGCACCGUUAUCCCGGGGGUGGCCGCUGCCCGCCUCGACGAGUGGAUCAAAGAUAACGGCAUCGUCCUCCACCCUCGCCUCCACAUCGGUGCCAGCGACCUCGGGGGCAUCGGGCUCGUGUUUGACAAUGCUGACGGUGAGGUUAAUGCCGAAGACGACUUUGAAGUGCUACGGAUACCGGCGAAGAUGGGGUUGGACUAUAUGUCUCUUCUCGAAGUGAUGGACGCGAUGAAGCUCCGCGAUGGAGACGUGGAGGCCGAGAUUGUCGAGUCACAAUUGGUGGUGGAAGUACUUAAGCUUAUGCUGCCAAAGACCGAGACUGAGAUCAUCAUGGCGUAUAUCGUGGCGUUCGAGAUCCUUCGCCAGGUUAACGUUAAUAGCGAUUAUUGGCGCGAUAGUCCCCUUCGCAAGUUUGAUGUUUAUCUUGACGUGUUAACCCAUACUGCCACUCCUAGCUACCCGCAAAUCAAGUCAUCACCUGACCCUUUCAUCAAUAAACUCAUUGCUAGCGCUAAUGCCGUCAAGCUUGAGUACGAUCUGUUUAUUGGUGAAUUGGCGCAGGAAUACAAAUCGCUUCAGGUUGACAAGUUGAUGCCAUUCGCUAAAUACUACCAGAUCUACCAGCUGAUUAAGCUGCGGAGUCUCGAAAUCCCCCACGCCAGCAUUGACACUGACUUCAGCAAGCUUAGCUUAGAUCUGGACUCGCUGAAACCAAACGAAUCAGACGACACCGAUUUCUACAUCAACGUGACGUUGGUGCCCAUCCUCGACUUUGCCAAUCACCGUCACAAUAAUAAUGCCUAUUUUGACGUUGAUUUGGAGACGAGCGAUGUGGUGCUUAAAUUGAAGAAUGACGCCACCAUCGACCCAGCCAAGUUUGAGGUGACCAUUUCCUAUCUGCCUCAUGAACUGGUACAGCAUUUUAUCCAAACUUAUGGCUUUAUUCCUCAGCUGACUGAUUUCCAACUCUUCGAACUCAAAUUGCCGCCCAUGGAUCAAGUGGUGAAAGACGGAACAUUAAAGAGCAAGUGGAUGAGAAUCCUACCUCAAAUACAAAUUGUGGGCCGAAAAGACGAGGUUUACCUCAACUUCUUCGAUAACAAUCUCCCCCUCUUAUUCAUUGACGACUUCAACUACAAUCCCAAUUGGAGUGACGACGCCAUCAGCGACUUCCGUAAAUAUAACGAUUUUGCUGACGACGACGAGCUCGACGAAGUUGAGAUCUUGAACGUGUUAAAGCACCAAGAGGAGUGCUACGACGUGAUCAACGGGAUUGGUCCUCUGGGGAUCACGUUCAAGGGAGAGAAAGUCGACCACUUACAACUGGUGAUUCGGGCGGUGGCUCAGGACGACAGCGGCUACUCGUUUGAUGACUUGAUCCAGCGUACUAUCACUUUCAUUCGUGACCACGCCAAAACUCAAUUGGCAGCUCCCCCGCUCGUUGACGACGACGACAACAACGACAAUGACGGGUUCACUCAAUUGGUUAGUCAGUACCAAACGUACCAAAAACGUCUCUUGCAACGGCUCGUGGACUACGCGGGAUCUAUAGACGACCUCAUCCUCCCUGAAGAGCUAGCCCACCCGGACUGGGAAACCAAUUUCCGCUCGCUUCCCCGAGAACUCGUGCUUGGAGACGAUUAA